AUGGAGUUGGUGGAUCUUCCCACAAUAGGCGGUAAGUUUACUUGGUUCAAAAGCAACGGGAAGGCAAUGAGUAGGCUUGAUAGAUUUCUUCUAUCCGAGUGCUUCAUUGAAGAUAAGAAGGUGGAUGGCCAAUAUAUAGGAGAGAGGGAUGUGUCGGAUCAUGCACCCAUUUGGUUGAAAAACAAUAGGAAGGAUUGGGGUCCUAAGCCAUUUAAGUUUAACAACUUAUGGCUAAAUCAUGAGGGGUUUGAUAAUUUUGUUGAAGAGGAGUGGAACAAUCUUGUUGUUAAAGGGAGAGGGGACUAUUGCUUGGUUGAAAAGUUGAAAAUCCUUAAAAGUCGGAUCUCAUGGUGGAACAAAACGGUUUAUGGUUGGAUUGACCUCAAGAUCGACAUAGACGUGAAAGAGAUGCAUGCUCUAGAUAACUUGUUUGUUCAUUUUGCAGGAUUCUUUAAAGAGGAGAUUUGUACUAGACCGGAACCGCAUGGUAUCGAUUUGAAAGUGCUUCCUUUAGGGGACUCUUUGGACCUUGAAAAACCUUUUUCCGAGAAAGAGAUCAAGGAGGCUAUUUGGUCGUGUGACGGGAACAAAAGUCCGGGGCCGGACGGUUUUUCUUUGGAGUUCUUUAAAAGAUUUUGGUUUCUUCUCAAAGAAGAUUUGAUGAAGUUAUGCAAUGAUUUCUUCUCAAAAGGUACGCUUGUCAAAGCUAUUUCUUCUUCAUUUCUUGCGCUUAUUCCUAAAAAGAAGAAUCCUCAAGGUUUGUCCGAGUACCGCCCUAUUUGUCUAGUGGGGAGUAUUUACAAGAUUCUUGCAAAGAUUUUGGCGGCUAGAAUAAGGGGUGUUUUAGAUAAAGUGAUUUCUACCAAUCAAACCGCCUUUGUUCCGGGUAGGAGUAUGAUGGAUGGAGUCUUAAUGGUUAACGAGAUUCUUGAUUGGGCUAAAAGGAAAAAGAAGGGGUGUCUCUUACUCAAGGUGGAUUUUGAAAAGGCGUAUGAUUCUAUUUCUUGGAAUUACCUUAGAUGGAUAAUGAGAAGAAUGGGGUUUGGGAAGAAAUGGAUGAAUUGGAUGGAAUCUUGCAUUUUCUCUAGUCAUAUGUCCGUUUUGGUGAAUGGUAGUGCCACUAAAGAGUUUAAAGUUCAUCGUGGUCUUCGUCAAGGCGAUCCAAUUUCUCCUUUUCUCUUUGUUAUAGCUAUGGAAGGCCUUAGUGCUCUCAUGAGGAAAUCAAUAGAGGUGGGGGAUUUCCAACCUUUCAAAUAUGGUGAAGAUGACUUUGUGGACAUUCUCCAAUUUGCGGACGACACUGUAAUUAUUGGAGAACCUACAAGUGACAAUCUUUGGAGCAUGAAAGUGAUUUUGAGAGGUUUUGAGUUGGUAUCCGGAUUGAAAAUUAACUUCCACAAAAGCAAUUUCUUUGGCACUAACAUUGGAGAUUGGCUCUAUUCUUCGGCCACUUCUUUCUUAUCUUGCAAAAAGGGAUCAUUCCCCUUUAAAUUCCUUGGAAUUUGGGUUGGAGAAAGAGCUAACAAGACGAAGGUGUGGAAGGAUGUGGUUAACAACAUAAAAGCAAGAUUGUCGGUGUGGAAGGGGAGAAACAUUUCUAUAGGUGGAAGGGUGACUCUCAUUGGGUCGGUGCUUAACGCAAUCCCAAUUUUCACCCUUUCUUUUUAUAAAGCUCCGAGCAAGAUUAUCAAAGAGAUUAGAGGUCUUCUUAGUAAUUUUUUGUGGAAUGGGAAUGCAAACAAAAGAAGUAUUCAUUGGGUGAAGUGGGAGAAUGUUUGCAAACCUAAGGAGAAAGGUGGUUUAGGGAUUAGAGAUGUUGGUGACAUUAAUAGAGCUCUUCUUCUCAAAUGGAAAUGGAGGAUAUUGAAGGAGGAUAAUGCUAUUUGGAGUAGAUUUCUAUUAUUGAGAUACCAUAAUCCGAAAUUCAAAGUGCUAGCUUCUUGUGGGGAUGUUCUAAAUCGGGGUGAUUCUAGUUGGUGGAGAGAUAUCAUCCUUAAUGAUUUUAAAGAGGAGAAUAGUGUUGAAGGCUUUACCGAUUGGAUUAAUUGUGAGUGCAAGAAUGGUAAAAACAUUCUCUUUUGGCAUAGUUGUUGGUUGGGCGAUCAAACUCUUCGCGAUCUUUUACCUCAUUUGUUCGAUAUCUCAACCAAUAAACUUUGCAAGGUUAGCGAUAUUAUUUCUUGGAAUAAUGGUGUCUUUUCUUGGAAUAUCAAUGACCUCUUCGGCAUGGAUGGAGUGUCCAUCUUAAACUUGUCAUCCCUCUCUUCCGAUCAAAACGGUAUCAUCUCGGAUGUGGCUACUCAAUUGAGGGACUUAAAAGCUUCUUUGGAGAGAUUCACUCCGAUCAAUUCGGAAAAUGACGUUUUUCAUUGGAAACUUAAUCCCUCCGGUGUUUUCUCGGUUGCAAGUGUGACUAGUUUGGUUUCUAAUGCUAAAGACAAUGCUUGGCCAAUCCAUACUAUCAAGUUGUUGGAAAAAAUGUGGAAGUCUAAGGUUCCGAAAAUGGUUCAUAUUUUUUCUUGGGGAUUCUUUAUUGAUCGCCUUCCUUUAAAAGAUCUUUUGCUUCAUAGGGGGGUUUCUAAUUUCACCUCUCUCGAUUGUGUCCUUUGUUCUAACCACCCGGAAUCUUCGCUUCAUCUCUUCUUUCAUUGCAAUGUUUCGAAAGCGGUGUGGGGGAAAGUCUACAAUUGGUUGGGUGAAGAUGUGGAGUUUAAUUUGGACGAGUUCAAAAGCUUUGGUAGCAUACAAGAGAAGGUGAAGAACCACAAUAUCAGAAUUAAAUUAAAUUCUAUUUGGUUAGCUAUUAUUUGGUGCAUUUGGUUGAUGAGAAAUGCUAUCAUCUUUGAGAAUGCUUCUUUUAGCUUCGAAACGGUAAUCUCCAACAUUAUGUUUUUCUCUUGGAGAUGGUUAGGUGGUAGUGUUCCUAUUUUUAGGACUCAUUUUUAUGAUUGGUAUAAAUUACCUCUAAACUGUUUCAACUCUCUUUAG